UAAACUGCAGUGAAUGUCUAAAAAUUUGACAAGUUUUAAUUAGGAAAUCUGUGGAAAAUGAUAAGUUUUUAUAAGGUUGAAGUUAACAAGACAUUAUGGGAGAUACCAGUCAGGUAUCAGAAUCUGUCCACAGUUGGAUCUGGAGCAUACGGCCAAGUUUGUUCAGCCUUGGAUGCCCAGACCCGAAAAAAAAUAGCAAUAAAAAAACUAGCCCGUCCAUUUCAAACUGCUGUCCAUGCAAAAAGAACGUAUAGGGAACUGAAACUUCUCAAACACAUGCGUCAUGAGAAUGUUAUUGGCCUUUUAGAUGUGUUUUACCCUAAGCAUGAUAACAGCCAGAUCUAUUUGGUAACGCAUUUGAUGGGCGCAGACUUAAACAAUAUAAUUAGAACACAAAGACUGACCGAUGAACAUGUUCAGUUCUUAGUUUAUCAAAUCCUAAGAGGCCUAAAAUACAUCCAUUCUGCCGGAAUUAUUCAUAGGGACUUAAAACCUUCGAAUAUAGCAGUCAAUGAAGAUUGUGAGUUGAAAAUACUGGACUUUGGUUUAGCAAGGCCUACAGAAACGGAAAUGACGGGCUAUGUGGCCACCAGGUGGUACCGAGCGCCCGAAAUUAUGUUGAACUGGAUGCAUUACAACCAAACUGUUGAUAUUUGGUCUGUUGGUUGUAUUAUGGCCGAAUUGUUGACGGGAAAAACGUUGUUUCCUGGGACAGAUCAUAUUCAUCAGCUCAAUUUAAUCAUGGAAAUUUUGGGUACCCCUAACGAAGAAUUUAUGGAACGAAUCACUUCAGAAAGUGCCAGACAUUACAUACAAUCGUUACCUGCAGUAGCGAAAAAGGAUCUAAAUCACUACUUCACAGGCGCAAAUCCUAAAGCUAUAGACUUGUUGGGCCUUAUGUUAGAAAUAGACAGCGAUAAGCGGAUUACCGCAGAACAAGCGCUGGCCCAUCCGUAUCUUGCCUCAUAUGCGGAUCCAAACGAUGAGCCUACAUCGGCUCCGUUUGAUGAAAGCGAGGAAACAAUGAAUUAUCCAGUUGAAAAAUGGCGAGAACUAGUAUUGGAGGAAGUAAACUCCUUUGUAUAUGUUCCAAUGGUCAACGAAGAUAGUAGAGAGUAAUAAUGCUCGUACAACGAAUACGUAAAUUGCCAGAUACUAAUUGUGAAUUGUUAUAUAAGAAAUCGUAAAUAGGCAGUUGUAGUAGAACGGUGCUAUUAAUGCCAAUAAGACAACAAGUGUUGUUUUUGCAACUUGUUGAUCAUAGUAUGUAUAUUUUGUAAAAACCGUUAUCCCCUGGAAUAGGUUUAUUCUUUCCUUCCAAGAAAUUUUUAAAUUUUAUUUGUACUUUACAACAAAUUGGCAUGCAAUAUUUGGUUAGGAGCUUACGGGGUAUAAACCAAACACUAACAGUGUAACAAUAUAGCAAGGUGUAUUCACCUUAAUAGUUUUAUAUAGUUUUGAAAAAACCUUCAAGUGUUUUGUUUAUUGUUUAAUUGCUACUUAGCUGUUGUGACUUAAAAUUAAAUUUGUAUCAAGACUUGCGCAAUUCAGCAGUAGUUAUAUAGCUUUAUAGUUUAUUUUAAUAGUAAGAAAGUGUUCAGAAAGCACAUUUAUUAUUUAUUAGGAUUUUGUUUCAUUUAAAACAAAUAAAAAAAUAUUGCAUUUGUAGUUAGUUGGAAAUCUGUCUAGUAGGUGAAAUCAAACGUUACUGAACACUCAAAUUGCUUGAAAAACUUAAAAUAGGAUUUAUUUACAUUUAACACGAUAUAAUAAGAACAAAUAGUUACUA